CGAAAUCGUCUUGUCUGUCUGUCUGUCUGUCUGUCUGUCUGUCUGUCGGAGUCUAUAAGGCUUUGCCCUUUUCAUUUUCAUUUUCAUUUUGUUCAAUUUAUCUUGUUUUCAACAGUUCAAUUCAACACACCCAAUUCACAAAUGACUGGCCGUCUUGCCUCGCUCAAGAACAGACUGCCCGAGUGGGUAUCCACCCGCAACGGCAUAUCAGCCGGCGUCAGGUUUCUACUAGCCGGCGGCGCGCUAACCGUCAUACUUAUCUCAUCCAUAUCACUCUACGCCAUCUUCUACAAGCUCUACGUUCCCACACUCCUGCACGAAGCGCCAAUAUACUUGCAAUACGACCCCGCCGGUAAAAUGAACACCACAGCGACCGUCAGCUUCGUGCCCGAGAAAAACUACAAGUUCCUAUCAAUGUCACAGGCAUACACUGUGUCGCUGGAUCUCCGUGUGCCGGUAUCGCCAGAAAACCAGCAGUUGGGGAACUUUAUGGUGGCCCUGAAGCUAUGCAAUCGCUGGGGCCAGCUGGUGCAUAUGAGCUCGCGGCCGGCCAUAUUGCCGUACAAGUCGUGGAUGCUCAGGACCCUGGAAACCACCCUGCAGAGCCCGAUGCUGGCCCUGGGGCUGUGGCAGGAGGCUGAUGAUCUGCGCGUGGAGAUGCUUGACGUCAUGUAUGAUAAGAGGUUUGCACCAAUAACCAGCGCCACGGUAUCCCUGAGCAAGCCUCUGCAGGUCUACAAGGCCAACAUAGUUAUUCGUGCGCAGUUCACAGGACUAAGAUACUGGAUGUACUACUGGAGGCUACCUACUGCUCUGGCAUUUAUCUCUGCUGCGGUCGUUUGGCAGAUGGUGUUCACUGUUGUGGCGUGGUCUGUGCUUGAGGCGUAUGCAGGGAAGACCCGCCGGCAGAUGGAGAUGCUGCCAAGGUCGCCAGAGCUGGUGCCGGUUUCGAAGAGCACAGGCCGGAAUGUUCGUCGGAAUAGCCGAGCGCAGGCUAUUCGGAGAAGGAACUCUAGCGUUCGUGUGCGCACCAGCUCUCGCAGUGAUACUUCUAGUGCCAGCAGAGUGUCGCCGAUUCUCGCGCGCCAGAAUAGCGAUGGCACUAGCAGUCACGAAGAAAUGUAUAAGGGCGAGAAUGUGCGGUUGUUGAGCACGCAGCAGCAGCAGCAAGAGGUUUCUGCAGACCCAUCCUUGGCCACUUCAAGUUUUGAACCAAUUUUAACCGAGCAAAACGUGCCCGAGUAAACAGGAUGAACC